AUGCCCAUGAAACCGGAUAAGUUUUUAUGGGGUUCUGUUCUUGCUGGAUGUGGGAUUCAUGGGAAUCUUGAUUUGGCUAAACAAGCAGCAAAAGUAUUGUUCAAAAUAGAGCCUGAAAAUGCAGCCACUUAUGUCACACUCUCCAACAUCUAUGCUGCUGCUGGAAAAUGGGGUGAAGUUGCAGAAAUUAGAAAGAUGAUGGAUGUAAAUCGGGUUGUGAAGAAACCUGGAAGAAGUUGGACUGAAAUUAAGAGAAAGGUGUAUACUUUUUUGAUGGGAGAUACAUCAAAUCCAAGAUUGAAGGAGAUUCAUGGGUUGUUAGGGGAGUUGCAGAAGAAGAUGAGGGAAGAAGGAUAUGUUCCUAAGAUAGAUCAUGUGCUUCAUGAUGUAGAAGAGGAACAAAAGGAGGAAAAUUUAUCGUAUCAUAGUGAGAAAUUGGCUAUUGCAUUUGCGAUUCUUGUUACUCCACCAGGAACAAUGAUAAAAGUGUUUAAGAAUUUGAGGACUUGUGUUGAUUGUCAUACUGCUAUUCAAUACAUCUCUAAAAUUGAAAGUAGGAAAAUUGUUGUUAGGGAUUCGAGUAGAUUUCAUUGUUUUGAGGGUGGGAGUUGUUCAUGUAAAGACUAUUGGUGA